AUGGAUCCACUCAAGUAUAUCUUUCAGAAGCCCAUGCCUACUGGGAAGUUAGCCAAAUGGCAAAUUUUACUAAGUGAGUUCGAUAUUGUAUAUGUUACCCAAAAGGCUAUCAAAGGGCAGGCAAUAGCGGAUCAUCUUGCUGAACAUCCCGUAGAUGAAGAGUACAUGCCUAUUAAGACUUAUUUCCCCAAUAAAGAGGUGUUGUUUGUCGGAGAAGAUAUCUCAGAGGAAUAUCCAGGGUGGAGAAUGUUCUUUGAUGGGGCUGCAAACUCCAAAGGAGUUGGCAUUGGAGCAGUUUUAGUUUCGGAGUCGGAGCCAAGAUUAUCCAAUUUCAGAAAGCUCGGGUUUCCGUGCACCAAUAAUAUGGCAGAGUAUGAGGCUUGUAUUCUUGGAAUCAGAAUGGCCGUUGAUAUGAGCAUACAAGAAUUAUUGGUUAUAGGUGAUUCUGAUUUAUUGGUUCAUCAAGUACAAGGCGAAUGGACCACUAAGAACAUGAAGAUACUUCCGUACCUGCAUUGUAUGAAAGAUUUAUGUAAGAGAUUCAUCAAGGUGGAAUUCAAAUAUGUCCCAAGGGCUCAAAAUGAGUUCGCUGAUGCUUUGGCAACCUUGUCCUCUAUGAUUCAAACACCGGACAAGAAUUACAUAGAUCCUAUCAAGGUGAAUGUGCAAUAUCAGCAAGCCUAUUGUUUCCAUGUAGAUGAAGAACCUGAUGGAGAACCUUGGUACUAUGACAUUAAGAUGUAUCUCAAGACAGGAGACUAUCCAGAAGGCAUAACCAGUGUUCAGAAGAGAACACUUCGAAGAUUAGCAAACCACUUUUUCCUAAAUGGAGAAAUCCUUUAUAGGAGGACUCCAGAUUUAGGAUUGCUAAGGUGUGUUGAUGCCAAAGAGGCGGUCAAGUUGAUAAAGAAAUACAUGGCGAUUCAUGGUGAUUUGAUUCGCGUCCCACCAAAUGAGUUAAAUGUGGCAAGUUCUCCUUGGCCAUUUGCAGCUUGGGGCAUGGAUGUCAUAGGUCCUCUCGAGCCGGCCGCAUCAAAUGGACAUAGGUUCAUUUUGGUAGCCAUCGACUACUUCACAAAAUGGGUAGAAGCAUCUUCGUACAAGUCAGUGACGAAGAAGGUAGUGGUAGACUUUGUUCGCAAUAACAUCAUUUGUCGAUUCGGAGUCCCUGAGUCAAUUAUAACAGAUAAUGGAGCUAAUCUUAAUAGUGGUCUAAUGCGUGAGAUAUGCGAAACGUUUAAUAUUACUCACCGCAAUUCCACCCCAUACCGACCUCAGAUGAAUGGAGCAGUUGAAGCAGCCAACAAAAACAUCAAUAGAAUAUUGCGGAAGAUGAUUGAUAAUUACAGACAUUGGCACGAAAACUGCCAUUGGCCCUUCUCGGUUAUCGCACCACUAUUAGGACUUCAACUGGGGCAACGCCUUACCUUUUGGUCUAUGGAAGUAGGCCGUGUUACUGUAGAGGUAGAGAUACCAUCCUUGAGGAUUAUCCAAGAAGCUGAGUUGAGUGAUGCCAGGUAG